AUGACUGAUAAUAUUUGUAAAUGUGUUUUGGAAAUCCCUGCUUGAAUGAUGGAAAAUGCCGCCCGUACUUAAUAAACGAAACUGAACAUAAGUUCAACUGUUCAUGUCAGAAUGGUUUUUAUGGAGAUACCUGUGAAAACAUAACUACGAUGUCAUUCAUUGGAUCGUCCUCAGUUACUGUGAAUACAACAAGAGAAGAAGGCUACGACAUACAGUUUAGAUUCAAAACGACACUCGGUGAUGGUCUCUUGGCACUGGGCAAAGGACUAACUUAUUAUAUUCUGGAACUAUCUAAGGGACGACUCAAUCUACACUCGAGCCUGUUAAAUAAGUGGGAAGGCGUAUUCAUAGGCUCCAACUUGAACGAUAGCAACUGGCAGAAAGUUUUUGUGGCAAUAAACUCUUCUCAUUUGGUUCUUUCUGCUAACGAGGAACAAACCAUUUAUCCAAUCAGUUACAAUGAAAAUAAUAACGUAUCUUCUACAAGUUUUCCCGUGACAUACAUUGGUGGUAUACCCAACAAUCUCAAAAAAUUGAUUCAUGAAAAAUCUUUCUUUGUUGGGUGUACGGAAGACGUGUUGAUCAAUGGUGAAUGGGUCUUUCCGCACAUAAAUAAUGUCUCUUGGUUGAACUUCCAGAAUGUAGACCUUGGUUGCGUGAGGGAACCCCAAUGUGAACCUAAUCGUUGCCACUCAAGAGGGCACUGUACGGAUAGGUGGAUCAACUUCAGUUGCACCUGUGAGCGUCCCUAUUUAGGCCAUACUUGCCAGUACAACUACACAGCAGCUACUUUCUGCCAUGAAAACAUCACCGAUUCUCUUGUAACUGUUGACGUCUUUGAUAAUGCUGCAAAAGCUGUCAGAGCUAUCGUAGAUAUAAGUAUGUUCAUCAGAACUAGACAGUCGAGAGGGCAGAUUUUCUAUCUUGGUUCUGGAUUCUUGCAGAGUCCCAUUGAAGAAACUUUCAUAGCUGCACAACUUGAAGGCGGCGAACUUUUGGUCAGGAUUCAAUUGAAUGGAUCAUUAGAAGGUUAUACUGUUGGAGGGGUAAAACUUGAUAAUGGGUACAAUCACUUGAUUGCGGUAACCCGUAAUGUUACAUUGGUACAGGUUAAACUAAAUGGCACGGAAUAUUUCCGAAAAACAAUAUCAGCAGCAGGCCCUCUAGAUGCUCAAGUUUUGUACUUGGGUGGUCAACCUCAAUCAAGAUCUGUGAGGCAAACUAAUGAAAACUUGUCCAAUCCCAAAAUUGACUCAACUCCAACAGCUCCAGCAUCGCUUACCUCUGCCGUUAGCAACAUACAUUUUAAAGGAAUCAUUCAAGAUGUUCAAAUAAGCACGACUUCUUUGACUAUGAUUGUGGAAUUUUAUCCUCUAGAAGCUGAUGAUUUAGGAAUACCGAAUGCGUUUGGGAAUGUUUCUUUCGAUAAGGCUUCUGUUCUUCAAGGUGUGCAUUCUGAUGACUCUUGCAGAGUUAACCCCUGCAACCAUAAUGGGAUAUGUGAAAACACUUUCAACGACUACAGGUGUAUAUGUCCUAGAGGAUUCAAGGGCAAAGACUGUAAUGAGUUGGAAUUCUGUGAAUUGGAAGGUUGUCCUGCAGGAUCCGUUUGCAAAAAUUUGGAAGAUGGCUACGAGUGCCUAGCUAAUAGCACUUUUAAUGGACUACAACAUCCUCUUAGAUAUCAAUUAACCUUGAACCCCGCAACUUCAAACAAAUUUGUGUUUGACUCCCUAAGACUGAGUUAUCGUACACGUUCUUGGGGAACUGUCCUGUUUGCAAAAUACAUUGAGAAAUACUUUGUUAUAUUCAUUUAUCAUAAUGAAGUAGUAGUCGAGUGGAAUUUUUCUGGCCAGAUAGUGACAAAGAGGUUCCGCAAGGAUCGGUUUGAGGGUCAGUGGAUAUCUUUGUUGUUUGUUAUCCAAGGUCAAAAACUUCGAGGUGGAUUUAAGGAACGCCUUAUAGAUGAAGAUAAUGAUUUCGAGGUGGAGGGUUUUGAUGUAAUAACUUUCACCGAUAUUUUCAAAGAAGGACAAAUUUAUGUCGCUGGUAGUGAUAAUACAUUCAAUUACCAAACAAUAAUUGAAAACACUGACUACAAUCUGACAGGUUACAUACCUGUUAGCGAUACUACGACUGCUGAAUCUUUAAUGGGUAAUUCUCUAGACAGCAGCGAAUAUUCAGAAGAAAUCUUGUUGUAUAAGGUUGAUCAAAACAAGAAAACGGACAAUUUCAAGGGGUGUCUAGGAGAAAUUCGAAUAGGUAGUUUACUUUUACCCUAUUUCACUACUAAAGAAAUUUAUCCAAAUCAAACGUAUGCUAAAGAAAUCUUCGAACUGGAUGCUGAAAGCAAAGUGGAACAUGGUUGCAUUCUGUGCUACAUUAGUGAUUGUUUUAACCAAGGAUUCUGCAUAAACAGUACUGAGACUUACAAGUGUAAUUGCCCAGCUGGUUACACAGCAGAUGAUUGUUCGAUUAACAUAAAUGAGUGUGAAAAUAACCAGUGUCAAAACAAUGCCACUUGUGUAGACUUGAUCGAUGAGUACAAAUGUGAAUGUUUAUCCGGUUACGAGGGGGAGUACUGUGAAAUUGAUAUUGAUGAAUGUUUAAGCAAUCCGUGCAGACAUGGGGGUACAUGUAACGACCUUGUAGGUACUUUCAAAUGUGACUGCCCAGAAGACUUUGUUGGUAAACAAUGUGAAGCUCCUUUAUUGAUAACAUGUGAGAAUAGACCGUGUAGAGAGGGGGCUACUUGCAAAACUGGACAUAAUGAAAUAACGCAAAAUAAUUUCACUUGUUUCUGCACUGAAGGAAUGGAGGGACCACUGUGUGAUACACCUUUCUGUUUAAGACAACAUUGCGAGCAUGGUUAUUGUAAUACGACGGGAAAUGUACCAUUCUGUGAAUGCGAAAGGGGAUUUGAAGGAGAGUUUUGCGAAAUUAAUACCAAUGAGUGUGUUUCUCCUACUGGGGGUAGUCCUUGUCAGAAUAAUGGAGUGUGCAUUGAUGGUAUCUCUAGAUAUGAUUGCAACUGCACUGGAACAGGUUACAGUGGACUAUUAUGUGAAAUAGAUAUCGAUGAAUGUAAGACUAACAGGAUGGCAUGUGGCAGAGCAGGUACUUGUGAGAAUAUGCCAGGAACAUAUCGCUGCAUUUGCGACUCCAUUAAAGGAAAGUGCGGACAUCAGUGUGAUUUAGAUGAUCCUUGUGAAAAAAAUCCUUGUGUUCAUGGCACUUGUCAAUCCCAGUGUAGACAUAAGUCUGAUUAUAUUUGUAUCUGUGAUGAAAAUUAUGUGGGAAAGAACUGCGCAGAACUACCCCAGGAGGCGUUGGGCCAGUCUGAAGGAGGUAUCAACAUUCUGUACAUAAUAAUACCCAUCGUUUUGGCCCUUGUCAUUGGGUUUGCUAUUGGAAUGGCAGUUUUAGUGAACGUAGCACGCAGUAAGAGAGCAACAAGGGGCACCUACAGUCCAAGUGCUCAGGAAUUUUGUAAUCCUCGUGUAGAACUUGAUCACGUUCUCAAACCACCACCCGAGGAAAGGCUGAUAUAGUUUAGAGCAUUUUUAUUUAUUCUUCUAUGGUUUUUGUACUUAAUUACUUUUUGUUCAAAUUAUUUUUGAUCUAUUUUCAUUAGGUAUUUUGAAUUUAAAUAUUUUAUGAUUCUAAAAUGGAAGUCGUCAGGAGUCAAUUUAUGCGAGUUUUUCAUGUAGUUGCUUUCAUUAAGAAUGUAAAUAUCAGGAGCAAAAUCUCAUUCGAAAUUGAGGGUAAAAGUUUUUCAUGUCUUAGAAUGACUUCAGGAAAUAGCAAAUAUGUUUUGGGGAUUUUGUAGCCCAUUUUUUGCAAAUUCUAACUACACAUUGUGAUCAGCGUUACAAAUGUUGAAAUAUUAACACGUGACAGCCCUGUCAUAUUUAAAUAUUUUUUAAACAGAUUUGUUCAGUAUUCUUUCAAUUAUCUUAUUAGUAAUUGAUGGGGAAAAUGUCAGUCAUAUCAAUAGCUUUCUGAUGUUGCUUACUAAAAAUAAUUUAUUGAUUCUUGAUGACAUUUUCAAAUAAUUUUACCAAAUUUUUCAGUCAUUGUGAUUUUACAAAAUCUUUGUAUAAUUUGUGGUACCUACAUAUUUAUGUUAAUAAUCGAUUUUUUUCCUGGAAUUGUUAUACUCACUAUUUUACUAUGUAAUUAAUUAUUUAGUUGCUAGUUAGUAAUUUAUUUUUUCACUAAGCAAUACAUUUCGAACAAAUCUUAUGAAGACCGUCCAUGAAGUGGAAAUGUGAUAGAAAUAUUUUUUUAAAUUGUGGUGUACACUAUUCGAAUUUUUGUAAUUUAAUUUGAGCUAAACCAAAGUAAUUGAUUGUAUGUAUAUAUUUUAUUAUCUACUCAUAUUUUAUACUCCGACCAAUAAAUAAUAUUAAGGAUGUAUUAAAGAGAAAAUACCAACAGAAAAU